CUCAGUCCUCUCUCCCUCCCCUCCCGAACCUUCUUGAAUCCUCCUCCUCUGCAUCGCCAUGGCCGACCACCACGCCACGGCGGACGCGGCGAGGCAGCCGCAGUCGUCGCAGGAGGAGGAGGAGGACUGGAAGGAGGCCGAGGGGGGAGACGUCGAGGCGCCGGCUCCGGCCGCGGCGGCCAGGGCCACGGCCGACAAUGGCGGUGUCGGCGCCGGAGGUGCGGGGGACAGGCCGAUCCGGGUCUACGCCGACGGAAUCUACGAUCUUUUCCACUUCGGCCACGCCAAGUCGCUCGAGCAGGCCAAGAGGCUGUUUCCUAACACAUAUCUCCUUGUUGGAUGCUGCAAUGAUGAGUUGACACAUAAGUACAAAGGGAGAACUGUUAUGACAGAGGAUGAGCGAUAUGAAUCACUUCGUCACUGCAAGUGGGUUGAUGAAGUCAUUCCUGAUGCUCCAUGGGUGGUAACAGAAGAGUUCCUGGAUAAGCAUAACAUUGAUUUUGUUGCUCAUGAUUCUCUGCCGUAUGCUGAUGCUAGCGGAGCUGGUAAUGAUGUCUAUGAAUUUGUCAAAAAACUUGGUAAAUUUAAGGAAACUCAGCGCACAGAUGGGAUAUCAACGUCAGAUAUUAUAAUGCGGAUUGUUAAGGACUAUAAUGAGUACGUUAUGCGGAAUCUAGCCAGGGGGUACACCAGAAAGGAUCUUGGUGUCAGUUAUGUGAAGGAAAAACGACUGAGAGUUAACAUGGGAUUAAAAAGCCUGCGUGACAAAGUGAAGCAGCACCAAGAAAAAGUAGGGGAGAAGUGGAAUACAGUGGCAAAACUCCAGGAAGAGUGGGUAGAAAACGCUGAUCGAUGGGUUGCUGGUUUUCUAGAGAAGUUUGAGGAAGGCUGCCACUCAAUGGGAACUGCCAUCAAAGAGCGGAUCCAAGAGAGGCUCAAGGCACAAUCCAGGGAUUUCAGCCUCCUACAGUACGACGGUGAGGAUGUCGACGAGGAGGACGACGAUGACGACGAUGUGCGAGAUUAAUGCCACCACUGUAAAUAUACAUCAAGUCUGAUACAUACAUACCCUGCAUGUAGCAGAUCUUCAAUCCUUCAACAUGCCAUGUCUCCCUCUCUCCAUGAAUGGUGAACUUGUGCUCCCCAGGUAGAUGGUCUUGGUGCUGUGUUGUAGCAGUAGAACAUGCUUUUUUUGUUUAGGCAAAGUAAGCCUGUAAAAGACCUAGUCGAUGGCCUGGAUGGUUUUCUGGAAGAUACAUAUGUGCUCAAUUAUGUUUUUGUUUAGAACCCAAGAACACUAUAUCUCAAUUGGGUUAUCUUACAUA